AUGUUUGGGGCGAAGGUGGAGCCCGACUUCAUCGGCUACAGCGCUGGGAUCAGCGCGUGCGAGAAGGGCGAGCAGUGGCAGCGGGCCUUGGCGCUGCUCAGCGAGAUGCGAGAAGCGAAGCUGGAGCCCAGAGUCAUAAGUUACAGCGCCGGCAUCAGCGCGUGCGAGAAGGGCGAACAGUGGCAGCAGGCCCUGGCGCUGAUAGAUGCGAUGGCGGAGGCACAAGUGGAGCCCGACGUCAUCAGCUGCAACGGUGCGAUCAGCGCGUGCGCGAAAGGCAAGCAGUGGCAGGGCGCGCUCGCCCUGCUCAGCGCCAUGCGGGAGGCGAAGUUGGAGCCCAACGUGAUCGUUACAGUGGUGGGCUCAGCGCGUGCGACAAGGGCGACCAGUGGCAGCGGGCUUUGGCGCUGA